UUGCUUCUCCUCUCCAACUCCCUUGGGACUACGGCUUUUGAGCCGGCUCGAACAUGAGGGUGACUGUGACAAGGUUCUCGCUAGCGCGUUCGCAUGGACUGGUCUUUCGUCGUCCCAGCACGCCCACCAUCCGCGCGUUGUCCACAUCCCUCGCGCACCAUCUGGACAACACCGCCGUGAUGUCCACAGCUAGGAAACCGGUGUUUCCGUUCGCACAGCGUCUGAACGAUGGGCGGGCCCUUGCACUAGACGUGUGGACUAUCUUCAGUGCCGCAAACCUGCCUCCCGACUGCAUCAACCUCGGCCAGGGGUACAUGAACUUCCCGCCGCCGUCAUGGACACGCGAAGCAGCGGAAGAGGCACUCCGCUCGGUUGAGGGGAAUCACUACUCGCCGACCAGGGGAAGGGUCAGGUUGCGGAGAGCGAUCAAGGAGUUCUAUGGGACGCAGUUCGGAAAGGAGCUGGACCCUGAUACGGAGAUCGUUGUGACCAGCGGCGCAAAUGAAGGCCAAUACGCUGCCUUCACGGCGUUCAUCGAGCCCGGAGACGAAGUGAUCAUUUUCGAGCCCUUCUUCGACCAAUACCUGCCAUCCAUCGCUUUCCAAGGCGGGAAGUGCGUCUACGUUCCUCUACAUCCGAGUCCCGAACCUGCGCCGAACGUCAAGAUCGGGAAGCGGUCAUGGACGAUCGACUUCGACGAGCUCCGACGCGCCGUCACCCCCAAGACAAAAAUGAUCGUGCUGAACACGCCGCACAACCCUGUCGGUAAGGUGUUCACGCGUGCGGAGCUGGAGAAGAUCGCGCAGAUCGCGGAGGAGCACAACCUCAUCGUCAUGUCCGAUGAAGUGUACGAGAGGCUGGUCUUUGACGGACAGGAGCACGUUCGCAUCGCGACUCUGCCCGGGAUGUGGGACCGGACUAUCACCGUGGGUUCGGCAGGCAAGCUGUUCGCUGCAACGGGCUGGCGCAUCGGUUGGCUCAUCGGCCCUCCCUCCUUGAUCGGGCCUACGACGGCUGCGACCAUUCGGAUCGUCUUCAGCUCGAACACCCCUAUGCAGGAAGCAGUUGCCGCCGGCUUCGAGCAGGCGCGCGAGCGCGGCUUCUUCGAGCAGCAGCUCAAGGAGUACGAGGAGCGACGGCAGGUCCUCAUCGAUACAUUUGAAAAACUGGGACUCGAGUACACCUGGCCGGAGGGUAGCUACUUCAUUCUUCUCAAUAUCUCUAGACUCCGAUGGCCGGAAAACUACGCGUUCCCUGCCACUCUUGAAGGUCGCGGACGAGACUUCAAGGCCGCGUGGUUCAUUGCGAACGAAAUAGGCGUUUCUUCGAUCCCAGUCAGCGAGUUCUACUGCGAAGAGCACGUCAACAUCGGUGAAAACUACGCACGGUUUGCGUUCUGCAAGGAUCUCGAUACCCUGCGUCGCGCCGGCAACCGACUUCAGCGUCUCCGCGAAUACAUCGUCUGAUUGCGCAGGCCUGCAGACGAACACCCACGCUAUGACAUGCAGGGAAGAUGAAGGUUGUGCAUAAGAGGAUCGACUACGGCAGUGUAGCUGCACGCCGUCCCAUGUCGGCUCCCCAACAGGCUGCGGCAUUGCUUUCUGUGCGUUCGAGGCCUUUACCCAUUUAUUACCGUAUAUACUUUCAGGGUUAUUCAACAAGCACAGAAGUAGACAUAUCUUCCCUCUCACCAAUACCCAACUUACGGCAAGGGUCGAGGUGUAAGUCAGAGUCGCUGCAUGACUGUUGUCGCAGUCUCACACUGUGCGUUAUGACGGAAUUGUCAUUUCAGUCACAAGCAGUCGAAUAAAAGUAGCUUGUUUCUA